AUGUAAAUUUAUAAACCCUCUCUCUUAAACUAGGGAUUCCGACCUCAAUCAACAGAUUAUUAUCAUAGGAUUUAAUCUGCUAAAACAGCAAAUACUAUUCAUAGCAAUAGAACCAUUCCUUAAUAAACUAUUUCAUCCAAUCGGAGUCAAACUAGAAUUACAACUGUGAAACCUAUUCGAUCAUUUAUCAUCAGCAAAACUAUUAAAUCCAAACAUAUUGAGGAUGAAGAUUUUGAUGAAAUCAUUAAAACUUCUCAUGAUCAAGAUCUAUUUAAGUUCAAACAUAAAUGUAAUGCACCUUAACAUUUAAGAAUGGAAUAGAUCUAUAGAUUUAUUUAUGAUAAAAAGACAAGCAACAAGUAAAAAUAUUCUAUGCAAAGUAAAAUUAAUUAGUAGGCCUUACCCGUGGCUAGUGGUUCAAUUAGUAUUAUGUUAAAUGUUGCAAGAAAGGAUUACGGAUUUAACUUAUAAUCUUUCAAAAAAAAGAUAGCUCCGAAAUCUAAAUUUAAAAUGAAAUGGAAAACUAUUUAAUGGUUAUUAAAGAAUAGGAAAGAUGCCAUUAGAUAGAUAUUUUAAAAUUAUUAAUCCAUCAUAAAAUAAGCCAAGGACUUCCCUGAUGGAUUAAACAGAGAGGAAUUUCAAGGAUUGCUCAUUUCCUUUGGUUUGGGGGCUGACAAAAAUCUUGCAGAAAAAUUGUUUUAUGUUUUUGACGAGGAUUCAAGUGGCACUGUCGAUUAUAAAGAACUUAUAGUAGGCUUAGAGGUGUUGAAAGAUGAUACCAUAGAUGAGAAAUUAAAGAUCUUUUUUGAUUUAUGUGAUGAAGAUGGCUCAGGUAAAGUAAGUGAAAAAGAAAUCUUUAACAUCUUGAAGUAAAAUAUCAUCAAUGAAAAUGAUAAAUAUUAAUUAAAAAUGGUCAUUAGAGAAAUGAUCAAAUAAGUUGAUUAAGAUGGAGAUGGAGAAUUAAAUAAAGAAGAAAUCUUAUAAGCUGCCAGCAAAAACCCCAUUCUUCGGAGAUUGCUCGAACAAACCAUUUCUAAUGUGAGAAGAAUAGAUGCAAUUAUUUAAAAUGAUUUAGAAGAACCAUUUCACCAAUUUGUACCAUCUUCUGCUAAUUUCAUCUAAUAAAAAGAAGGUAUACAUUUUGCAACUUAAUAAAAAUUAAUUGAUGCUUUAGAGGAAAUCGAUAAAAUCCAUAAAAAGGGUUAGAAAAUCAAAGAAUAUACAAAACCUGAAAAUCAGAUGGGACUUACUACCUAUUAAGGAUUGCAAGAGAAAAAAUUUCUUGAUGACUCUUAGUUUGAUUGA